AUGGCAAAUAUCACCAUGUUGGCAACUGAAUUCAUCCUCCAGGGAUUUUCAGACAUUCGGGAACAUCAAAUUCUCCAUGCUGUAUUGUUCAUACUUAUCUACCUGACAGCUCUAGUUGGCAACCUUCUCAUUGUCCUUCUGACCACCUUCGACCAGCAUCUUCAUAGUCCUAUGCAUUUUUUUCUGAGGACAUUAUCAUUUUUAGAUGUGUGCUUCAUUUCUGUCACUGUUCCCAAGGCCAUUACUCAGUCUUUGACACAGGAUAGCUCCAUAUCGUUCUUGGGAUGUAUAGCACAAGUCUUUCUGGUUGUUUUAUUUGCUUGUACAGAGUUGGCAUUGCUCACAGUGAUGUCCUAUGACAGAUACACAGCUAUUUGCCACCCCCUACACUACCAGCUCAUCAUGAGGAAAGGGGCCUGUGAGCAGAUGGUAGCUGCAUCCUGGUUUAGUGGGAUUGUUUCUGGGUUUCUGAAUACGUCCGCUACCUUCUCAUUAUCGUUUUGUGGGUCAAAUUUUGUCCAUCAGUUCUUCUGUGAGAUCCCCCCAUUACUCAAACUUGCCUGCUCAGAGAAGUUCCUUGCUGAGUUUGGAGCCAUCAUUAUCACAACAUCCUUAGGUAUUAUGUGUUUCAUUUGCAUCCUGGUUUCUUAUAUUCAUAUAUUCUCCACAGUCCUGAGGAUUCCAUCAGUUGAAGGCAGGUCAAAAGCCUUCUCAACAUGCAUUCCUCAUCUUCUAGUUGUUUCUAUUUUCCUUAAUACAGGGUCCAUUGCAUACCUAAAGCCAGUGCCAAAGUCCCCUUCUAUCUGGAAUUUGAUGGUAUCUGUCUUCUAUACUGUAGUGCCACCAACUCUGAAUCCCAUCAUCUAUAGCCUCAAGAACAAAGACAUGAAGGCAGCCUUCUGGAGAAUGUUGAGAAAAACUGCUUUUAUAUUCAGUAACAAAAUAACAAUAAUAAAGAUAGCACCAAAAGUUUGA